AUGUCUUCUGCUUGUUGUUCUGUAUCCAAGCGCAGUUUGUCUUGGAUUCUGCAACAGAAAGAAAAAGGCAAUUUUUUGGUUAUUGUCAUUGGUGGUGCAACAGAAGCAUUGGAAGCAAACCCUGGCAAAUUUAUUUUAAACCUUAAAAAACGGAAAGGUUUUGUCAAGUUAGCUCUCCAAAAUGGGGCACAUCUUCUUCCAGUAUAUUCAUUCGGUGAAAAUGACCUUUUCUUGCAAAUGCGAUCAGAAAAAAGACAAUGGAUGCUGACACUGCAGUUAAAACUCACCAAAAUUCUAGGAUUUUCCCCGCCUAUAUUUCAUGGCAGAGGAAUUUUUAAUUACACUUUUGGUAUUAUUCCGUUCAGAAAACCAAUUAAUACAGUUGUAGGGAAACCAAUUGAGCUUCCACAGAUUGAGAAUCCAAGCCAAGAAGACAUAGAUGAAUAUCAUCAGAAAUACUUAACAAGUCUCCAUGAUCUGUUUGAAGAAUACAAAGGCCAAUAUGGAAUUGACGAAAUGCAGCAUUUGGUAUUUCAGUAA